AUGUCAGUCAUGGCACACCGUCCCCGACGCCCGGCGAUGAGCAAACGGCGGUCGUCCCGCGUGACUGUCGCGGCACCCGCAGCGCCGUCGCGGGAAACGGAGGAGAACACGCGAGCAAAGACAACAGAAGUGCUCGCAGCAGCCCUGCGAGAGUCCGAGAAGGCGGUUGGUAUCGACGUCGAUGAGAUGGCGAAGGAGAUCGAGCAGGAGAUUUACAAGACCUGCGGCGCCAACAUCGGCACGGGCUACAAGAUCUCGAUGCGCGCGCACCUGAUGACGCUCAAGAACAAGAAGAACGACCUGCGCGAGCGCAUGCUGGCUGGCGAGGUCAAGCCUGCCGAGUUUGCGCACAUGUCGUCGCAGGAGAUGACCUCGCGCGAGCAAAAAGCGCAGGACGAGAAACUGCAGGAGAAGAAUUUGCAGAUGGCGAUCUUGCAUCCUGAAGAUGGACCGGCGACUAUCCUCGAGAUCAAGGCCAAGGACGGCCGCGAUAGGGAGAAGUGGGGGGUCGGUUCUAGUGCUGCUGCUAUUGAUUAUUUUGAGUCGUUUGAUCAUGACGACGAGAACGAGGAGGAGGGGCAGCAGGAGAACGAAAGCGAAGCUGUUGAUCAGUGA